GCUUCCGUAGCCACACACCAGGAAUGUGCCCGUUACCGAACGAGCAAAGCGUCUCAACAAGUAUCUCGCCCGGAUAUCACGAACGUUGACAUCGUUAAUAUAUCGCUAUGGACGCCGACCUCGCCUUCGCACUGCAGCUGCAAAAUCAAUUUGACUGCGAGGCGGCGGCAGAGGAGGAGGAACGCGCGGAGGGACGGGCGAAGUUGGCCGAUGAUGAGGUCGGGUGGGCUGGGCCGAAGCAUCGGUCUCUCCUGGAAGCCCUGCCCGGUGACCUGGCCCCCCGGCCCGGCGAUUCCGAGCGCCGGGCACGGCCUCUCUCCAUCGUCGAUUCUGCCUGGGAGUUGAUCGACCCGAGUCCGAACGUGUGGGCUCUCUUCUCUCAGUACAACGAGGCGCUCUUCUGGGGAAAACUUCAGGGCGUCGAAGUGAAGUGGAGCAAGAGAAUGACCCUCUGUGCAGGUGUGUGCUGCUAUGAGGGCCGAGGCGGCCUUUGCUCCAUCAAGCUCAGCGAGCCCCUGCUCAAACUUCGGCCCCGUAAGGACCUGGUUGAGACGCUGCUGCACGAGAUGAUCCACGCACUGCUCUUUGUGACGCACAACAACCGCGAUCGUGAAGGCCACGGCACCGAGUUCUGCAAACACAUGCACCGCAUCAACAAGGAGACGGGAACCAAAAUCACGAUCUACCACAGUUUUCACGACGAGGUGGAUGUCUACCGCCAGCACUGGUGGCGCUGCACGGGGCCGUGCCGCUUGCGCCCGCCGUACAUGGGCUACGUGAAACGAGCCAUGAACAGAGCGCCGUCACCGCGAGACUUCUGGUGGGACGAGCACCAGCGGACGUGCAACGGUUCCUACGUCAAGGUGCGGGAGCCGGAAGACAAGAAGAAGGCGGCGGCUGGCAAGAGCGGAGUUUCGGCCGAAGGAGAGCAGACGCAAGCGGGCGGAGUGAAGGGACGUGCCGACAAUAAGUCGCCGGCCAAAGACAAGGACGGGACAGACAUUCGUACGUUCAUCCCGUUCUCAGGAAAUGGUUUUCUCCUUGGUGGCGGCGGCGGUGGCGGCAGAAAUAAUGGGAGACCACAUAGUGCUGUACAAGCCAGUUCCACAACCACGGUGGUAAAAUCCCCCGUGUCGGGUAGAGAAACUAUGACCUCGGCCUCCCAAUCAGCAGUUUCUUCCUUCAAAGUGCCUUCUGUCUUUCCGACCGGCUCACAGCCUGCAAUGGGAAGGUCGUCCCAGGGCAAAAACGGAUACGAUCGUGGUGGCUCUAUGAGUAACAUGGACAGCUGGCUUUUAAAGACCAAGGAAAGCGAGAGCAGAAGUACCCCCGACGCUCCAAUUCUCAACAGGAAGUCUGUCAGCAAUCCGAAAGCUUUUAGCAAAGGAGUGCCUCUGAAGGGAAAACCAAAGGGUGAUCCCGAAGGUGUAAAAGUCUUGGCUGUAUACAAAGGUCGAGAGAGUUUGAGAGACGGAAAUAGAGCACCAACUGCUCAGAGUCCGAGUAAACUAAAGAGGCAACACGGAGGCAGUUUCCCAUCUCCUCCUCGCAUACAAGGCUCCAGAAACGGAAAUAAUGCAUUAGCCAGUGAUGCCAAGCGUGCAAAGACCGAGCAGCAUACGUCCAGGACUCCCACGCUUACCGAAAUGUUUCAAAAGAAACACGCAGGAGGCAGUGGCGGAUCUGGGCGAGAGCCUUCAAGUCUGGGAACUCAUAACUCCAAGAUGCUGAUGAAGAAAGCUGUCCCAUCAGCCAAACCGGCUGAGAGGCAGGGAGAGUCCCCAGCUGCAGGGCUUCUGGUUGCAUGCCCCAUUUGUCAACAGCGCCUCCCAGAGUCGCAAAUCAACAAUCACCUUGAUGUGUGCCUGCAGUAGGAUCACCGGUGCGGCCAGCUUCCAUCUACUCAGGACGAAUAUACUACCUCCCUUGAGAAAUUGCACUUUAGAUUACAAAAAAUGCUUAGGUGCAAGGUGACAACGUGUAGUAUUGACUCGGCAUUUUAUGAUUCGUCCCUCUCACCCCCAGAAUGUCAGUCGUCAAGAACCGGGGUCACGAUUUAAUGCAAGGAUAGAUUAUUUUUCUCAUUUUGGUGAUUUCUCUCCUCUGUCUCAUUCCACACAUUGCACAUGCCUGAUGAUUACAAAACAAUAGCCCGUAUGAUGUACAGGAUGCCGAUUGAGACAGAUUUCUUAUGUGUAUGUGAGUACCACGUGAGGUAGAGUACUGAUUAAAUUGAAUUGGCCUGCAUAUGCCAUGCUGAACAUACGUACACAUGUUAUUGUGUGUCCCACAUGAACCAUACAGUCCCAAUUCAAAUUAAUCAGUGCUGUCUACGCCAUGUAGACGGAAUUUUGCAAACAUCGGGCAUGUGCUGAUUGUAACCACUUAAAUUUAUAUUUGAACGAAGGAUAAUUGAUAAACUUUGAAAGACAUUCAUGGUGAGUCACCCCCUGCUGUAUUAAAUCAAGCAUGUUAAGCACAUACAAUUGUUUUGCAGUUAACAUUAAAACACUGUUAAUGUACAUGUGUUAUACACAGAUUUUAAAUUUGCAAACGUCUUGCUUAAAACAAACUGAAAGCCUUAUCAAUGUAGCCAGCCUCCUUUAAAUGAGCAUUGUGCAAAAUGUGUGUCUUGUUAAAUGUGUAAGAUUACUACUUGUGUUGUCUGGUUUACGUUUAAAAAUUACAUGAAUAAAAUCUGCUUUUGACUUUAA